CUGGAAGGAGUGAUGGUUACCUCAUCCUCUUGGGCUUGUGAUGAUUCCAGUUGGCCAGCCAGUGGCGGGCACCUGGCAGGUGGGCAGCACCCAUGAAGGCGGCUUCUUCCUCUCCUGGUUUGGGAGUGCAGGGUCAGGCUGAGCAAGUGCAGGGACAUUUGUUAAUUUGUGAGGUUCUCCUAGAAGCCCUGAAAACUCCCAGCUCAUUGCCAGGGGUUCUGUCUGAGCCUUUCUCCUGCCUGUCUUCUCUGUACCAGGCUGUGUUCUGGAGUGGCCCCUCCUUGUUGGCUGAGCCCUCAGCUGGCACCUUUAUGGGCACCCCCACUUGUUUGGGGUCUUAGCCUCUGCCAGGAGAAGGGGGAGUGUGCAGAGACCUGGACAGCUGGUUCCCGGGAAGGCCAGUGACUCACCCUGGAGUUGCAAGAGAAACAUCUGUUUGUGUUUUUGUGAGCAAGAGGGGACAGCUGGCCCGCAGAUAGCAGGUGAGGUCAGCCGGGGAUUGCCUUGGCUACCAGCUGUAAGCAAACCCUGGCUCCGGUGAGGUGGGCAGAGAAAGGAUGGAGGAGAGCCCAGCAGGGCCUGUGGAGAGCCACCUGGGGCUGGAGCCUGGGCUGGGCCGCACGGAGGCCACUGGGGGAGGCAGUGGUGCAGGAGGCCGCCCCCGGGACCUGGAGCACUACCCUCUGCACACCCGAGGCCUGGGACUUUUCUCAGCAGGUGCGACUCCCCACCCCCCACCGGGUGCCCUGAGCAUGGCUGACACCAUCUUCGGCAGUGGGAAUGACCAGUGGGUCUGCCCCAACGAUCGGCAGCUGGCCCUGCGUGCCAAGCUGCACACGGGCUGGUCUGUGCACACCUACCAGACGGAGAAGCAGAGGAGGGACCAGCAUCUCAGCCCCACAGAGGUGGAGGCCAUCCUGCAGGUCAUCCAGAGGGCCGAGCGGCUGGACGUCCUGGAGCAGCAGAGAAUCGGGCGGCUGGUGGAGCGGCUGGAGACCCUGCGGGGCAAUGUGAUGGGGAACGGCCUGUCCCAGUGUCUGCUCUGCGGGGAGGUGCUGGGCUUCCUGGGCAGCUCCUCAGUGUUCUGCAAAGACUGCAGGAAGAAAGUCUGCACCAAGUGCGGGAUCGAGGCCUCCCCUGGCCAGAAGCGGCCACUGUGGCUGUGUAAGAUCUGCAGUGAGCAAAGAGAGGUCUGGAAGAGGUCGGGGGCCUGGUUCUACAAAGGGCUCCCCAAGUAUAUCUUGCCCUUGAAGACCCCUGGCCGAGCUGAUGAUCCCCACCUCCGGCCUUUGCCUGUGGAGCUGGCCGAGCGAGAGACCAGAAGCUUCGAGAGCAGCCGCGUCUACACCUGGGCCCGAGGAAGAGGGGUUUCCAGUGACAGUGACAGUGACUCAGAUCUCAGCUCCUCCAGCCUAGAGGACAGACUCCCACCCACUGGGGUCAGGGACCCAAAAGACGACAAACCCUGGAGAAAGUCAGAAUGACGUAAAAGAAUGAAAAUGGCAUAAACCACAAAGAGAAAAAGAAGAGGAACUUUGGAAGCUGAGCGGUAUAAUUCACUUAAUGUCAGCCCCGAAAUGUCUACAAAGAAGGAAGCCAAGCAUGAACAAGCCUAUUUGCUCUGCAGAAUACCCCAAAUGCACAGAACGUGGAGGGCCAGGUGUCCCUAACCAGGAAGCCCAGCGUGGGUCUGAAAAUUGUAUUGAUUGAAAGAAGUCUUUAGACCUCUGGUCCCGUCUCCCGGUCUGGGGACUGCCCUUCCCUGAGCAUGGUGGGAGACAGGUGUACUGCCGGCCAAGGGUGAUCUGAAAAGAUUCUGGACUGGGGACCCCAAGCCUUGCCAAAGGCCAGGCCAGGGCACCUAACUGAAAUCAGGGUGUUAAUGUGGAGGCCCUCAUUCCUCAUUAAAAUCCCUGAAAGGGGCUGAUAAAAGCCAGGCCUGGUCCCCAUCUGUCCACCCCCAAGGCAGAACAUUAUUGAAUUUACCUCUGGAAAACUGAUGAAAGAGAACAGAUGGGCAGGCCCUGACACUGGGGGUUCUGAAAACAGUGUGUCUGCCCAGUCCACUGUGGGACCCCCAGUCCACGAGCCCCACCCACAUGUUCAGUGCUUUCCUGCCUUUCACUCACUGUAUAGAUUUGUAUUUUUUAUGUGUCAGAAAUAUUUCAACGUAAGAAAAUUAAGGAGCUAUACCAAACCUUCUUAAGAAAUUUCAGGACACCAGGAUAAAGGGAGACUAUCCCAAAGCCUUCCAACGAAGAAGGAAAAAAGGUCACACACAAAGAAUCUGGAAUUCAAAUGGCACUGAAAUUCUCAAAGCAAAUUUUGAAGCCGGAGCACAGUGAAGCAGGAUCUUCUGAAUUCUGAGGGGAAAUGAUUUCUAAUUUAGACUUUUCUGUCAGCUAGAACUUAGUGAAGUGUGAAGGUAGAAUGAAGAUAUGUUCAGACAUGUGAGUUCCUGAAAAAUAUCACCCCCCUUGCCCUCUUUCUCAGGCAGCUACUCCAGGAUGUGCUCCCACAAAACAAGGGAGAAAACCAGGAGAGAGGGUACAGGGGGCACAGGAAACUGGAGCCCGAUACAGGAGAGAACCCUCAGGGUGAUGGUGGAGCUGGGUGGCUGGGCUAGAGGCCAAUGCCAGCCAGCCCAGAGGAGGACAGGAGGUGCACAAGGA